CCUCAAAAUGGUAUCACCAAACCAAUGAAUCAGAUUUCUGGCUGUCCAAGAUAUUUAACCAUUAAAAACUGGGAAAAUGGAACAAGCCUACAAGACACACUGCAUCACCAGGCCAAAGAGGCUCUUGACUGCAAGGCUAAAGUUUGCCGGGGGUCUCUCAUGAACCCAAAAGGUUUGGUCAGAGGCCUUCGAGAUGGACCCACCCUCCCCGAUGAGCUCUUACCUCAAGCAAUAGAAUUCAUCAAUCAGUUCUACCAUUCAUGUAAACGGCCCCAAAUAAAGGAGCACUUGUCCCGCCUGGAAGCUGUAGCCAAGGAGAUUGAAGCCACAGGAACUUACCAGCUGACUAUGGAAGAGCUUAACUUUGCAGCCAGGCAAGCCUGGAGAAACGCCCCAAGAUGUAUUGGGAGAAUCCAGUGGUCCAAUUUACAGGUGUUUGAUGCUCGUAGCUGUGCCACUGCCAAGGAAAUGUUUGAGCACCUCUGUCGACACUUGGAGUACUCCACCAAUGGUGGGAAUAUACGGUCCACCAUCACUGUCUUUCCCCAAAGGACAGAUGGGAAACAUGACUUCCGUAUAUGGAACAUCCAACUCAUCCGUUAUGCCGGCUACCAAAUGACUGAUGGGUCCAUUGUGGGAGAUCCAGCCAAUGUGGAGUUCACACAAUUAUGCAUUCAGCUUGGUUGGAAGGCCAAAUAUGGCCGCUUUGAUGUGCUUCCAUUGAUUCUGCAAGCCAACGGCCAAGACCCAGAGUUAUUUGAACUGCCGCCAGAGCUCGUCCUUGAAGUGUCGAUGGAGCAUCCCACGUACGAGUGGUUCAGAGAGCUGGGCCUGAAGUGGUACGCAGUCCCGGCGGUCUCAAACAUGCUCCUUGAGGUUGGAGGCUUGGAGUUUACAGCCUGCCCGUUCAAUGGCUGGUACUUGGGGACUGAAAUCGGGGUACGGGAUUACUGUGAUGUUCACCGCUACAAUAUACUUCAGGAGGUGGGGAGGAGGAUGGGCCUGGAAACCAACAAGCCCUCCUCCCUCUGGAAGGACAGGGCUGUGACCGAGGUGAAUGUCGCUGUCCUGCACAGCUUCCAGGAACAAAAUGUCACCAUAAUGGACCAUCAUUCUGCUGCUGAAUCCUUUAUGAAGUACAUGCAGAAUGAAUAUCGGAUACGAGGAGGAUGUCCAGCUGACUGGGUUUGGCUUGUCCCUCCCAUCUCAGGCAGUAUCACACCUGUCUUCCACCAGGAGAUGUUGAAUUACGUCCUCUCCCCUUUCUAUUACUAUCAGGUGGAUGCUUGGAAAACGCACAUCUGGAAAGAUGAGGAGCGGAAGCCGAGGAAAAAAGAUAUCAAGUUUUGCAUUUUGGCAAAGGCUGUGUUUUUUGCUUCCUCGCUGAUGCGGAGAGCUGCAGCUGCCAGGAUAAAAGUGACCAUCCUCUAUGCCACGGAGACGGGGAGAUCCGAAACGCUGGCCCACCAUCUGGGUGAUCUGUUCAGUUGUGCUUUCAGUCCCAAGGUCAUCUGUAUGGACAGCUACAAUCUAAGUGACCUGGAGAAAGAAACUCUUCUUCUGGUCGUGACCAGCACUUUUGGAAAUGGUGAUUCACCAAGCAACGGAAAAAAAGUGAAGAAUGCUCUGUUGACUACGAAACAGCUCAGUAACAAAUUCAGAUACGCUGUAUUUGGCUUGGGGUCAAGCAUGUAUCCAGAGUUUUGUGCCUUUGCCCAUGCUGUUGACCAAAAGCUUGCACAGCUGGGGGCCUCGCCAGUCACCCUGACAGGAGAAGGGGAUGAACUUAAUGGACAGGAGGAAGCUUUUCGCGUCUGGGCCGUUAAUACAUUCAAGAGUGCCUGUGAAAUUUUCGACAUCCGUGGAAAACACAGCCUCCAGUUGCCCAAAGCGUUCACCUGCAACGAAACCUGGGAUCCCAAAGAUUUUAGGAUUGUGUAUGACUCUCAGCCGCUGGAUUUGGAGAAAGCACUUGGUGACAUACAUGGGAAAAAUGUGAUUCUAACAAAGCUCAAAUUUCGGCACAAUCUGCAAAGUUUACAGUCCAGCCGGACAACGCUUCUAAUUGAACUUUCCUGCAAGACUAAUCAGGAAAUCCAAUAUCUCCCUGGAGACCAUCUCGGAAUCUUCCCUAGCAACCAGAAAGCUCUCGUUGAUGGAAUCAUGGCCUGUGUCGCGGAUGCCCCUCCGUCUGAUCAGACCAUCAGACUGGAAACACGCUGUGACCGGGGCUACUGGACUGCUGACAAGAAGUUUCCAGCCUGCACCUUCUCCCAGGCCUUGACGUACUUCCUGGAUGUCACCACUCCCCCUUCUCAGCAGAUGCUCAGAAGGCUUUCCCAGGUGGCCGGGGGAGACGGGGACAAGGCCAGGCUGGGCCUCCUGGGUCAGAGCUUGGAGGAAUACAACAAGUGGAAAUUUCACAACAGCCCUACCAUUCUGGAAGUCCUAGAGGAAUUCCCAUCCAUUGAGAUCUCUGCAUCUUUCUUGCUGUCUCUAUUGCCUUUGCUAAAACCCAGGUACUACUCGAUCAGUUCCUCACCGGACUGGGAACCCAAGGAGCUCCAUCUGACGGUCGCCGUGGUCACCUUCAGGACCAGAGGUGGAAAAGGUCCUGUGCACCACGGGGUAUGCAGCACCUGGCUGAACACUGUCGACCUGAGAGAGACAAUCCCCUGUUUUGUGCGCAGUGCUAAUGGGUUCCGGCUUCCAAAAGACCCAAGCAAGCCAUGCUUUCUGAUAGGCCCCGGCACAGGGAUUGCUCCGUUUCGAAGCUUCUGGCAACAGCGUCUCUACGACUUGGAACAGAAGGGCAUCAAAGGGAGAGGCAUGACGCUGUUGUUCGGCUGCCGGUGCUCCAACCUAGAUCAUCUUUACAAAGAAGAAGCUCAGGAGAUGAAGAGGAGAGGAGUGCUCCAAGAGGUCUACACAGCUUACUCCAGAGAGGAUGGUCAGCCCAAGGUCUACGUCCAAGACCUUCUUCGGACCAGACUCAAUGCGGAUGUACACCGGCUGUUACAUGAGGAGAAAGGCCACCUGUAUGUCUGUGGAGACGUCUGCAUGGCAAGGGACGUGGCACAAACUUUGAAGGAGAUGUUUGCGAAGCGGCUGGGCCUGACGGAUGAGCAAGCGGAAGACUACGUCUUUCAGCUGAAGAGACAAAAACGCUACCAUGAAGACAUUUUUGGGGCUGUGUUUCUGCAUGAGAGCCAAACUGACUCCGAAGAAUCAAAAUCCAACUGCAACACUUCCAGUGCAAGAUCUCAACCACAGCUAACCUUUUAG